GUCACAGUGACGAUGACUACAAUAAGUAACAACGACGUACGUAGGUACGAACGAUUAUAAACUACCGAGUACCGACAGCAGUACUAAAACUGCAAUCAAAUCAUGCACAUUCACUUGAGCGUAGUUAAUAUCGUAUUAGGCUCCAUUCAUUAUUGUUGUUCGGACAAAUAAGCGUCUAUACUGAAUGUUAAGUGAAUUAAUAGAUUUUUAGGUGUUUACAUAAUAUUUACCCAUUAUACAUUGACUUGUAAAUAAAAAUCCGCAAGUGCGCAUUUACUUAAAUUUGUUUAUGUUUUAUACGGUCGCAUCGAUCUUGGAGACUUGAAUGCAUCUUUAAAGUUGGUUCGUAUUCGGGAACAUUUUAACAUAUUUUAAAUCAACGGCGUACCCAGUACUGUUGAUGGGCUGUAAUGGAAAUUGCAAUAAACUUUUUAAUGCUUUCAGUGGAUAGAACAAACUGAAAAGUCAAUCAUGGAGAUCUGUGGUAUAAUCGAUAUAAAAGUACCAGCUAAAGGUAGAAAAUUCGGUUCAUGGAAGGCAUGGAAAAGUCAAUGGUGCGAGGUACUCAAAAACGAAAAUCGUAUGAUCAUCAAUAUAGGACAUAGCAAAGGAAAUGUCACAUCGUGUUUAGCAGUACCUAACAAUGCAAUCAUCUACAGAAUUAAAUCCAGGACUAAAGCCUACGGUUUUGGAAUAUUUUAUGCAGGACAAAAGGAACAACAACCAUGUAUCUUUCUUGCAGGAAAAUCAGAAACAGAGUCACAAAAAUGGAUGAAAUCUAUAAGAGAUGUCCUAAAACCACCAACUUCCAAUAUAAAGACAACAAACGAGUAUACUGUAUCGAUAAUUGACAACGAACAUUCUAAAGCGGCUGGUUUAACCGGCCUUUAUGGUACUUUAUCUGUAAAAUCAGAAGAAAUAUUGGUAACAGACCCUCACACGGGAAAAAUCAAAGUAACGCUUCAUUGGACACAAAUACAAUGUAGUUACUUACCUUUGCCGGCUGUAUCGGACGAUUUACAUAGGGUUUGCACAAUACGUACAAACAGCAAGUUCAAAGCGGGCGAUGGUGAUUUGGAACUGUACUGCGCCGAAGCUGACGAGUUGCACAACGAGCUGCUUUCGUGUCCGCGACCGUUGCCCAGGAUUGCCACUACGCCGUUGCCACCGACGCCCAAAGACAGGCAGACGCGCUACGACCAUUGGACCGCGGCCGAUUCGCCUUCGACGACGCCGCCUCGGCGUCUGCUGGAGUCCAGGCGAAUGAGCAGGAGCGAAGGCGAUCUGAAGAAGUUCGUCAUGCAACAUUCUGCACCCACGCUGCGGUCCGCCGGCUCACAGCAACACCUCGUACUCGUGCCCCGAUGCAACGAUUUGGGACAAAAGAGUUCGUCGCAUUUCCUGUUGACUAGCGUCGGAUUGUUGUUGGCCACACCAGGAUACAGUGAACCCAACUCGAUGCAAGACUUAAGGCAGAUCGACCAACACCUGCUGAGUAAACGUUUACAAGGCAUAGUGGAUGAAGAAAGCAUAGACGCCGAAGGGAUGAAGAGCGAGGAAGACGAGGAUUACGAAGAUAUGUUGCAUACGAAUAUCGAAGAGACAAACGAUGCACCGCCACCAUUACCGCCGAGACAACUGAAAUAUGUCACCAUGGCCAAUCUGGGAGGAAAUAACAAAUUAUACAUUUCCGGACCAGUACCUAUAUGAUACACCUAUCUACAUUUAUAUAUAAAUAGACAGUAUACUACUUAUGUAUAUAAAUACAAAUAAAUAUCAUAAUAUAAUAUAUAUAUAAUAAAUAAGUUUAUAAAUCAUAA